AUGGGUCUUAUGGAUUUUAUCAAGAAACCACAACAAUCACAACAACCAUCAUCUCCUUCUCCUUCUUCUCCUUCACCCAAUAAUGCUUCUUCUCCAUCCAUCAAAUAUCCAGGAGUCAAUGAAAAAUAUGCCUCUUCCAACGUGUUUGGAAAGAAACUUCCAAGCGAUCCCAAUGAUUUACCUCCUUUUGUGAUUAAGGCAAUGGAGCAUUUAGAAAAACAUGGAUUGAAUGUUGAAGGAAUAUUUAGAAUUUCACCAAAAAAGAGUGACGAAGAAGAAGUGAUUCGAGAGUUGGAAAAUAAUAUUAAAUAUGAUGUACCCUAUGAAAAGUAUGAGAUUCACUUGGCAUCGAGUUUGUUAAAGUUAUAUUUGAGAGAGUUGUGUGACCCAUUGCUGACCUAUGAACAGUAUGGAAUGUUUAUUGCAGCAGAGAGAAUUCCUGAUCCAGAACCUCGUUUAAUGAUGAUUCAAAAAGUCAUCAAAUUCCUUCCACCUACCAAUUUCAAGAUUAUGAAGAAUUUAUGUUUGUUUUUGAAAAGAGUUGCUGCCAAUUCGGCUGUUAACAAAAUGUCACCAAGCAAUCUGGCAAUUGUUUUUGCUCCAAAUUUAUUGAAAUCAGAUCUUCCUCAGAAUCAUAUGGAAAUUUUACAAGAUUCUAAAUAUUCGAACAGCUUAAUGACUACUUUGAUUGAAUCGGCAGAAUUAAUUUUCAUGCAAGACGAAGAUGGAACCACAACAUCUUCAACAACCAAUCAACAAGCAACCACAACAACCAAUCCAUCAUCCACAUUGGAGGGUUCACCAUCUUCUUCCAAUGUCAGAAAACCUCUUCCAAAUGCACAUUUCGGAAAUAAGAGACAAGGAGAGGGACGAAGACUUCCACAACCUCUUCCUUCUUCAUCGAUGGAUUCUCCUCCCGUGUUAACAGAUCCAUAUGCAGCUCAAAAACAAUCCUCCUCUUCCAAUCAUCCAUAUUCGGAACCUCCUGUAUUUGAAAUUGUUGAUUUCAAGACAGGUAAAUUGAGACAAUCACCCAUGACACCUCCACCUGUCAUGCCAAAUCCAUAUGUGACAACAAAACAACCAUCCACAACAAGGACUACUUCACCACAAAUGUCACCCUCCACAAGCACUGGAAAUCCAUUUACCUACUUGUCAUCUUCUUCUUUGAAUCAACACAUACGACUAUCUUCCAUCGAUUCCAAUCACGACGACGAUCAUGAAGAAUCCAAUUGUCGAGAAGAAACGCCAGAUGACGGAAAUUCCACAUCCAAUUCAACAUCAGCUGUCAUAAGAAAAGUGAAACUUCCAGUAAGGAAAAGAGCAGCAUUCGUACGUGACGUGCGGAAAGCACUUCCAAACCCUCAAAGUUAUUACUCUUCAACAAAUAGUAUGAGUGACACUGCAAUGACACAUGACACUUCAACCACCACUACGACACAACCAAAAAGCUCAACAACUUUAAAUUCACAACGUUUAUCGAUGAGAAGUGUUGGAUAUGAAAGUGAUGAAGGUGUCGUUGCUGAAGAAGAUGAAGCAUAA